AUGACGACCGCUCACAGACCGACGUUCGAUCCGGCGCAAGGCAAAGAGGCCCUCCGAGGCCCAGCAUACCACCAGCGACUUCUCCCCGCGCAUACACACUUAAAAUUCCGACAAACCGGACAAGGUGGUGAUGCCGACAACGAGGUUCGUGACCUGCGCGCCGAGCUCCUGAAGGCCGAGGCCGCGCACUUUGCCAAGAAGAACGGCGUUCCCGUCGACAAUACAGCUGCCACUGAGUCAACCCCGAAACGACAGCUCGAGUCCGCCCCCGCGGAUGCUGAUGGGGAGGGCGAUAUCGAGGACCCGGAGGCGAAACGGAGACGCAUUUUAGAAGAGACACGCGACCUAGAUGCGGACUCGGAUGGGUCAGAAGAUGAUAGCAGUGAAGAGGAGGACAGUGAUGACGAUGAUGACGAGGCUGCGUUGAUGCGCGAGUUGGAGCAGAUCAAGAAGGAACGAUUGGCGCAGAAAGAGAAAGAGGAACAAGAACGGGCAGCCGAAGAGGAGGAGAAACGAGAAGUCGACAUUGCGCGAGGAAACCCACUUCUCAACGGACAGGAUUUCAACAUGAAGCGUCGCUGGGAUGAUGAUGUGGUUUUCAAGAACCAAGCUCGAGGCACCGAGAAGCAAGAUGGAAAAGAGUUUGUCAACGAUUUGCUGCGUUCCGAUUUCCACAAGAGGUUUAUGUCCAAAUACGUUCGAUAG